GGUGCUUCGUGUAUCGGAAUAAAAAGUUAAGAAAAGAAAUGAAAUCGAUUUUAAUAACCGGUAGCAAUCGUGGCCUGGGUCUUGGAUUAGUGAAGCAUCUCGUACAAUUACCCAAACCACCAGAAAAUAUUUUUGCAACUUGUCGAGACUUAAACAAAGCGACGGAAUUGAAAAAACUUGCUGAGACAUCAAGAAACAUUCAUAUCAUUGAAAUAGACUUAACUAACACAAGCAAUUAUCAAAAAAUAGUAAAUACCGUCAAAGAAAAAGUAGGAUCUGCAGGACUCAAUGUUCUUUUUAAUAAUGCUGGAAUUUCACAAAAAUUUACAAGACUUGGUAUGGUUAAGAAGGAAAAUCUGACAAAUACUUUUCUUAUUAAUACAGUAGCUCCAAUUAUGUUGGCAAAGACACUUCUACCAUUAAUAAAGAUUGCUGCUAAAAAUAAUGAUAUUGAAAAAGGUAUGAAUAUAAACAGAGCUGCUAUUAUCAAUAUGACUUCAAUACUUGGCAGUAUUACACAAAAUGAUCAAGGAGGUUUUUACUCGUAUAGAUGUAGUAAGGCAGCUCUUAAUGCUGCAACAAAAUCUAUGAGUAUAGAUUUGAAAGAUGAUGGGAUUUUAGUUGUUUGUUUACAUCCUGGAUGGGUGCGCACCGAUAUGGGAGGAAAUAAUGCACCCUUGGAUAUUGAUACCAGUAUUUCCAGCAUUUUAAAUGUUAUGGAAACACUUUCUGAGAAACAUACUGGUUCUUUUCUUCAAUACAACGGUACGACUUUACCAUGGUAAUUUUUUGCUGAAAAAUAUGCUAGUAAUCGUAAUAUUAAAUCGUCCGAUUUUGGAAGUACAACUUAAGAUAAAUUAAAAAAUAAAAUCCACUGUUAAAUUAUAUUAAGAAUCCACUGUUAAGAAUGAAAUAUAUAUAUAUAUAUAUA